UGAAGCGGAAAGGUGGCGAUGGUGGUGCUGCUGCCGCCGGUGGUGGUGCUGACAGUAAAGCGGCGGCCAUCAUCGAUCGGAUGGGUGAUAAGUUGAUCAACGAAAUUGCGCACGAUCACGGGAAAGAAGGUGACAAUUAUCCGAACGAGAUGGAAGAUCUACAUCUCGUCGGCAAUGAAGCGGAGGAAGAAGAUGUGAGUGAUUACGAUGAUCCAACGGCACUGAAACAGGGACAUGCCGAGCGUCACUAGGAUUGCACAAAACAUCCAAUGGACGAAGCCCGGAAGCAGCGGUGGUGCCUCUGCCAAUAAUGUGAGAUUAUGCGGGUCUCGUAUAAGACGGUCGAUCCCUUUUUUUAUCGUGCAUAUUUGCGUGUCUGUGUCUGUACUCGUUAAUCGCUUAGCACAUUUAGUUCUAUACUAUUCCACUUAAGUAGUCAGUAAGCAAGAGGACGUCGCUAUGGCUACCCUCGGUGUUUCUUUCGUUGCUACGCUCGCGACGCCUUGCUCGUUCGAAUGGUAACCAUGAAAGAAGAGGUUGCACCUCAAGAGAUGCAUCAAGUACGUCCAGAUAUCUCGAUCUCUGUCCCGCAAACUAAAGACUUCGCGUUACCUGUGUUGUGUUGUUAUAUAUUAUCUCGUGCUAUCUUGCACAAACCAUACUCUACUCUAUUCUCUAGCCACACUGUUGUCUCGUUUCCUUAUUUAUCUCGCAUCGAAUAACAAACAAAUGGCCAUAUUUGUGUCUUUAAUUCUUUGACUUCUGACGUCGGACACUCUCUUGUUUCGAAUUUUAUAAAAAUUGCAAAAAUCGGUGGAAGAAGCUGAUGCAGCCCCCGGCGGUAUGACAGAAUACGAUCUGAAUAGACCUCUCCAGUGGAUUUAGAUGCCGAUAGCAGUUUAAAGUUUUUUUUAUACAUUUAAGGAAGAGUUAAACGUAACAAGCAUGUGACGGACGGCAUGACUUAAGCGAGGGUGAAGAGCAAGCGAAAACAUACGAUGUACGAUGUGUAUGAAACAAGCGAAACAUACAGUAGGGGCUUGCACAAUGCGUUAGAGGAUUGUAAGCAAUUAAGCAUUACGGUUAAAGCUAGGGGCAAAAUGUGCAAAACAAGUCAGAAGCGCCCAAGCUAGCGUAGGCCAGAGAGGGAAAAAGGUGGAGCGCAGAUCCUUGGGUCGCAUUUGUACAUUAGAUAAUCGAAAUCGGGUUUCCACUCCGAAACAUGGGAUGAUGGCGCAUGUUUUUGAAAAAAGCUAUGCAUGUCCACCCCGUUAAGCGCCGAAUGUUAAGAGUAAGGACAAAAAAGCAAAAACAAAAAAAAACAAUUUACUUCUAUUAUCUUCUUAUGUAUCACACCAGGUGAAAUGUUGUAAUAAA